AAUCUACCCAUCUCCGUCUCCUCCGUCGCAGUUUCAACAUCCAGAGACAGUGAGUGUGAGAGAGAGAGAGUUCGAAGUUGGUGCAUCCAUGGAACCCGAAACUACUGGUGGUGUUUCAGCAGCAGCAGCAGCCACCGAUGAUGUCCAAUCUAACGGCUCUUCGUCUCCCGCGGACGCCGUUUCACGGUUGAUCCACGCCGUGGAGCAGCGGCAACAGCAUCUUCUCGAUAAGACGGUUCCUCACGUUCUCUAUCGAUGGAUCGCUUGCCUCUGUGUCGUACUCAUCUACUUCGUGCGCGUCUUCUUGGUUGAAGGCUUCUACAUCAUCACCUACGCCAUCGGAAUCUACCUUUUGAACCUCAUCAUCGCUUUUCUCUCCCCUCAAGAAGAUCCCGAGUCUUCUCUCACCGGUGGGACUCUUCCUACUCGUAGAUCCGAUGAGUAUCGACCGUUUGUUCGCCGUCUCCCUGAAUUCAAGUUCUGGUUAUCGAUCAUCAGGGCAUUUGCCAUCGGUUUUACGAUGACGUUCUUCGAUGUAUUUGAUGUACCUGUUUUCUGGCCAAUACUUCUUUUCUACUGGGUGAUGCUUUUUAUCCUCACAAUGAGGAAACAGAUACAACAUAUGAUCAAAUACAGAUAUGUCCCUUUCUCUUUCGGGAAACAGAAAUAUGGAAAGAAACCUGCUCCAACAGAGAGCAGUGAAUGAUCAAAAUCCGACGAAGUAACCGUUCAGGUCAGCGAUUUUUAAAACCCUCUGAGAAAGUAACAGUUCUUUUAGAGGUCGGUCUUUUAUUUGCUUUUGAUCGCCCGAAGCUUUUGUGAAGGAUGAAAUAGACAGAUUUUGCUCUUUUUAUCAUCCUGACUGUUUUACUGGUUUUCACCUGAACACCAAUGUAUCUUAUUAUUACAUUGUUUUUGUCAAUGAGAAUAAUGUUUUAUAUACUUGAUUCUUCCGUAAUCAUCAUGAAAUCGUAAUCAAGGUUCGAUGAA